GUUGACGUGACGUGAUUCUAUUCCAUGAUUAGUGCAUGAUUAAAAACAUAAUUGGUUUUCUUAGGUUUCCUGUAGAUAGCUGCUGACUGUGUAGCAACGUGCCGAUAUCGCAAACAAGCUAUUAUUUAACCACUUUAUUAUGACUUCGGAAACAAUCGUUACUCCACCAUCGGUUUCAUGGGCUCAGAGAAGCACUCGUGUUUUUUUGACAUUUAAUGUUGAAUGUGAAAAACCGGAUAUAAAAAUUGAAAAGAAAUCGGUUUCGUUUAGAGGAAUAUGUGCUCCAGACCGCAAACUACUUCAAGUUGAAAUACCCUUGUAUGCCGAAAUAGACCCCGAGAAAAGCACACAAGUCAACAAAGGCAGAUACAUUGAGCUCGUGUUAAUGAAAGAAAAGACUGACGAGUCAUUUUGGCCCACACUAACGAGUGACAAGAAGAAGCAUCACUGGCUAAAGGUGGACUUCAAUCGCUGGCAGGAGGAGGAUGAAAGUGACGAUGACAUGCUUGACAUGAAUGACAUGUUUUCAAACAAAUUAGGUCCAUUUGGGGAUGAACUUGAAAAGGAUGACUCCAGUUCUGCUGAGGAAGAGGAUCUUCCUGAUAUAGAAUAGACAUUCUUGAAUCUCCAUAGUCAUGUAAAACUCUUUAGACAUUUAGAAGUGCAUUAUUAAUGUUUGUGCUUUUAUAUGAAUAAUAGUGUGGUAGCUAUUCUAUGAUUAGCCUUAAAUAGUAAUUUGGCAAAAGUAUUUUCAUGAAAUGAGUGGUUUGAAUCAAGUUUUUAGUUGAGUGUAGAGGUUGGGCCACUUUUUAUUUAUCAUUUGUUUUUCGUGAACAAUGAUGACUUGAUGACUUGUUAUUUAUAAGUUUUAUUUUAUGUAUAAACAUUCAAAUUAAAUUUAGAGGAUACAGACUAGUCCAAUUUGAUUAUUUUCUUUUGCAAACAUCAGCUUAACAUUUCUGGAAGUUGAUUUUUCUUAUAGAAACUUAGAGGACAUAACAAACGGAGACGCCAUGUCUAUAAUUUUCGGUACAAAAUAGUCUGCCGUUUUUUGCGGGGGAGGGGCACAUCAAAUGUAUACAUAACGUAAACAUAGCCAUGUCAG